UUCCAUCCUCUUUUUACCUUUUUUUGUUUCUCGGCCUGGUGCCACCUUAAUUCAAUCUUUAUUCACUAUUACCAAAAUCUCGUAGCCGGUCUACACCCCCCUCAAACGUAAUCUUCAGCUCUACUUGCUCGAUACACAACACCAAACAAACCCGAUAAACCCGCAUAAUCGACUUUCGUCAACGAUCUUUCUACCGCUUCAUCAGCAAUCACUUCAUCGUCUAUCCAUUAGUUUGGCCAGGACGCAUUACAAGACUCAUCAGUCAUCAUAAUUCAACUACUACCGAAAGUUUAAGAUCGAAAACUCAAUCACAAUGGCCGCUAUCCAGCUUAACUUCACUCUCCGCACUUCCGCCAACUGCAAGACCGUCCACCUUCUCGGUUCCUGGGACGGCUACCAGGGCCAGCUUCCUCUUUCCAAGGACCCCAAGAAGACUGGUGGUUGGGUCGGCUGCUUCAAGUUCCAGGGUGCCACUCUCAAGCAGGGCCAACGCUACUGGUACUACUACAUCAUCGACGGCUACCACGUCUCCCACGACCCCGCCAAGGACCACACCACCGAGCCCACCACCGGCCGCAAGCUCAACAUCAUCGACAUCCCGUCCAAGUCCGUCGCCGCUCCCGCCAAGUCCUCCCGCGAGUCCCGCCGCGCUUCCCAGAACAUCCCCAAGGGCCGUGGUGUCUCCCCCAGCCGCAUUGUCGCCCCCAAGCCCCAGCGCCCCGGCCAGACCCGCCAGGUCAUCAACACCCAGUACAACCAGACCACCCUCGAGGAGCUCAACCGCCGCUUUGCCCGCCAAGACAUCAACUCCGACUCCGAGGAUGACUCCGAUUCUGACGCCGGCUCUGACGUGCCCUCGCUCACCUCUUCGCGCUCUUCCGGCAGCUCCUCACCAUCCAGCGUCAGCUCUGGUAGCUCAUGCUGCACAUGCGAGCGCUACGGAAUCACACGCAAGGGUGACCGCGUCAAGCUCGACUGUGGAGGUGCCCGCUGCUCUUUCUCCGACGAGUCGGACGAGUGCAGCUCCGAGGACGAGUACGUCUACGAGCAGAAGCAGACCCGCCGCCACGGUGUUGUCAUCCGCAACUAAGUGCAUCAACCUCAAGUGCCAACCAAACGACUGCAAGAAGCCCCACAACCCUUGCAGUACCUAUUACGACCAUUCUACGUUUCUCGAUCUUUAAUUCUUUCUGUGCAUAUUAUGACGACCUCUUUACGAUUUGUUUUGGACCCUGACGCUCUUUUUGUAAGACGCGCUUUUAUUGCUGCUGGUAUUGGAGUACGGAGGAAGAGCAGUAGGGAAGACGGCUUCUAUGCCUCGAACGAACAGACUAGAAAACAUCACGAUGGAGUUACAGCUCAUCGAACCAUGAUGUUGGAGAAGACACGCUCAUGUAGAUAUGAUCAAUUACAUGGCUCGUGUACUAUAUUCA